AUGGCACUCAAGCUUAAGCUUCAGUAUCUCGGCAAGAACCGGAGCCUCGCUGUACACGGCGACGAUACCAUCCAGUCGCUGAAACUUACGAUACGAAGCCUGCUGGGUUUCACGCCGACCUCUGUCCUCCUAGACGGUGCGCAAUUGAUGGACGGCAAGAAGCUUUCAGACUAUCGUGCUGAUCCUGCCUCCAUCGUGAGCAUCAAGCGCCGCAAGGUGAGGAUGGGCGAUGAAGCUUCAGGUCUAUCACCAGAAGGAGACGAUGUGGCGCUUGUUACUCCGCCACGGAAAGCUGCACGAAGCCUGCGUCGCAGGCCUUUGACUACGAUGGAUGUAGAUGCGAAGGCCUUGGCUGAAGCUCGAAGGCUUUGCCUCGAAGGGCCCUUCAUGGAGUUUGCCGGCUCAUGGGAAGUCCUAGCAAGCGGUCUGCUCCCCAAGAAGGAGGCGGACGCCCAGACUUUGCUCCAGAGCCUGAGCAUGUGCAACGGCUGUGUGCAAGAGGCGCGACAGCGGAUCGCGGAGUCACAUGCACUUUGA